GCCGAUCCCUGGGGUUUUGCCGUGCUUUGGACGGCCCAGGCACUCAGAGUCAACCCACGCAAGAAGGGCUCCUGCAUCUUCGUCUGCUGCCACGGCAUCUCUCUCUUGCGCACCUACCAUGAACGGCACGGCCAACGGGACGACCAAUGGUUGCUGCCACGGCGGCCCAGGGUACGCCAGCCCCCUGGAGGCCAUGCGCCAGGGACCGCGUGAGUCGAUAGUGUACGUGACCUGCAUCAUGAAGCAGCAAGGCAAACCCGACUACCUCGCCACCGUCGACGUAGACCCCAACUCACACACAUACUCACAGGUCGGUACUGUACAGGGCUGCCUCUCACACAGCUCUAGGCAGCUGUGUGCUGUGUAUUGUGUGUGCAUGUCUGUCUGUCUGUCUGUCUGUCUGUGCAGGUGAUAUCCCGUGUGGUGAUGCCCGAGGUGGGCGAUGAGCUGCAUCACUCGGGCUGGAACGCAUGCUCGUCGUGCCACGGGGACAGCAGCAAGAAGCGCAACAGGCUGAUCCUCCCAGCCCUGGGCUCGGGCAAUAUCAUCAUUGUCGACACCACCAACGAGAGGGACCCCAAAAUACAUAAAAUCGUCUCAGGCGAGGUGCGUGCAUGGGCAUGGCCCGGCAAAACCGGCAACAAUGGUCGACACAAGCAUGCGCAAGCGUCAUUUAUGACGGUCGUUUGUGUGUGUGUGUGUGUGUGUGUUGUACGGCCUGCCCUGCCUACCUGGGUGUGUGUUGGCUGCAGGAGAUAGCCAAGAAGGUCGGCCACCGCAACCCCCACACGACUCACUGCCUGGGUAGCGGCGAGGUCAUGAUCUCCGUCAUGGGCGACGUGGACCACAACGCUAAGGGAGGUACGACGAUGCGAUGCCCGAGAAUCAAUCGACCAUGUGUCCAUUCACCUACGCGUCACAUACAUCUGUCUUGUCUGUCUGUCCCUCAGGGUUCAUCCUCCUUGACGGCGAGACGUUCGAUCUCAAGGGCACCUGGUCCAAAGACACCUCCUCCUUUGGAUAUGACUUCUGGUCAGUCACCAACCAAUCGAUGGAGGAAGGAAUGGGCCAGCCAGGCGUAUGGGUGCAGUGCAUGUGUUGUGUGUGUGUGCAUGUGCUGUGUGUGUGAAGGUACCAACCGAGGCACAAUGUGAUGAUCUCCACUGAAUGGGGUACAGUACACAGUAUUCACGUACACUGAGUGCUGUCCUCGGUGACGACAAGAGGCAUUCAUUCACUGAUCGAUCCUUCCGUAUGUGUGCUGUGCAUCGAUCGCAUCCAUCCAUCCACCCACCAGGUUCCCCGAAUGCGUUCCUGAAGGGCUUCGACCCCGCCGACUGUGAGAAGGGCCUCUACGGCAGCUCCAUCCACAUAUGGGACUGGACCAACAAAAGGUAGGUACUCCCUAAACGCCACGGUGAACACGCCCACGACGCGGACGGACCACUUAAUGAAUGCAUCGUUUGUCUGUCUGCCUGUCCGUGUGUGUGUCAGGCUGGUUGCGUCGAUCGAGUUGGGUGCUGAGGGCAUGAUCCCCCUGGAGAUCCGCUUCCUGCACGACCCCGCCAGCACCGAGUGCCUCUUCGUCGCAGCACUGUCCUCCAACGUCUUCAGGUGACUGACUGACCAAGUUAGCGAGCUGCAUUGAUGCUAGCUAGUGUGAUGGGCUGUGUCGGUUGGUGUGGUGUGACUUGGUCAGGGUGCACAAGUCGGCGGAGGGCAAAUGGGUGGCUGACAAGGUGAUCGACGUCCCUAGCAAAAAGGUGGACGGCUGGGCCCUUCCGGAGAUGCCUUCACUCAUGACUGACUGCCUCAUCAGGUAGGGAGGGGAGGUCCACAAACCCAUCCAUCACAACACACAAGAGCCAUGAGCUCCAUCGUCUGACGUGUCAUGUGCUGUGUGUUGUGUAUGGCGUGGGCAGUCUUGACGACAGGUUCUUCUACGUGUCCAACUGGCUGCACGGUGACAUCCGGCAGUACGACAUCACGGACAUCAGCAGCCCCAGGCUGGUGGGCCAGGUGUUCAUCUCGGGCAGCAUCGUCAAGGGCGGGGCCGUUGCCGUCACCGAGGACCCCGAGCUGGACAGCCAGCCGGAGCCGCUGUACGUCAAAGGCAAGAGGAUCUACGGAGGGCCGCAGAUGAUACAACUGUCGCUCGGUGAGCGAGAGAGAAACAGACUGCCUGUACUGCCUGGGGUCACUCAUUCAUUUUAUCGUUCACAUGCAUUGAAUAUAUUCGAUGUGUGUGCGCUCGUGUGGUUUGCAGAUGGGAAGCGUCUGUACGUGACGACCAGUCUGUUCAGCGUGUGGGACAAACAGUUCUAUCCCGACAUGGUCGACAAAGGUCAGUCAGUGGCGAACCAUAACAGACAUACACACGUACAUACGGCCUGCCGGCCUCACCGGGUGGGGUGUCUCCGGGUGUGGUGUGUCUCUCCGUGCUGUCUUCAGGGUCAGUGAUGCUGCAAGUUGACGUCGACAACGACAAGGGCGGCCUCACCAUCAACCAGAACUUCCUCGUCGACUUCGGUAGGUAUACACACGCGAGCUCAAUCGUCCACAGGAUGAAGAUAGACAGAUGUGCAUUUAAUACGUGUGUGCGUGUGUGUGUGUGUGCAUUGCAGGUGCCGAACCGUUCGGUCCUGCGUUAGCACACGAGGUGCGGUAUCCUGGUGGCGACUGCACGUCAGACAUAUGGCUGUAGACACGACAGACAAUGCGGCAGAGGGGGGCGGGGCCAUGGGAGAGGAGGGGAGAGGUACUGGCUGCAGUCUGUAUGUACAUGCUGGAAUGAAUGGAUGAAUGGCACUCUGUCUGUCUGUCUGUCUGUCUGUCUAUCUGUCUGUAUGUCUGUACAAAGGAGAGAGAGGUGUGUCGUGUCGCGGUUUCAUGGACAGAAAUGCAUUCAUUCACCCCACUGCCCUCUGUAUGUAUGUACCACAUGCGCUGGCCCUCUGUCUGUCCGUCUGUCUGUCUGUCUGUCUUCCUUCCGUCCAUCCGUCCAUCUAUCCAUUCACAUCUAUCCCCCUCCCUCAUCCAUUGCAUGCUGCUCUGCUUGGUGCGUCCAUAUGUUUCGUACACGUAUGCUAUGCACUAACUGCACGUGUCUCUCUAUGCAGUAUUCGGG